AUGCGUCAAACAUGCGUGAGAACACUAAUCUACAUACACUGACUGUGGUCCGAACAAGGUGCAUGCAUCAGUUUUGUGCCUCCCUCAACUCUGAGGACAAGAAAGCGAACUGCAGCUACAGACGACAGUCACACAAUAUCCAUCUCGAGUCUGACCGUGCAGACUUGCCUCAAGGAGAGAGAACAGUGUUCUUAGGAACGAAUGCGUGGGAGUUGCUCACUUCACUCGCAUCCUUUUCCUAGUGGACGAUUGAAGGCGCAUUGGGAGCCCCUUUCCGACCGAGGGAUAGCGAGCUGGCGGAGAGAGGAACCAGUGCGUCGUCGGUAGACAGAAGAACAAGGCAGUUCCUCCGGACUAUCCAUUUCUAUUAAGUCACAGGCGGUAUCGGAAUCUGGGGGAACCGUGUUUUUUAUUUUUUUUAUCGUGUCUUUCAAAGCAAUGGACUCGAGAUAGGGGGUCUCAAUUUGCCUCUUUCUUGACAGGGAGUUGCCGUUGGGAGAUAUGCGUAAGGAUGUUUGGAAACAGCAGUAGUAGGUAACCGAUAGGAUGGGGGCCAGGGAAGCGAGUGGGCACAGCUACCUGGUGGCUUGCUGGCAGCCCAUUCUGAUUCUGAUGCUGGGCACCGUACUGUCCGGUUCCACCACAGGUUGCCCGUCCCGCUGCGAGUGCAAUGCCCAGGAGCGCUCAGUCAUAUGCCACCGCAAGAAGCUUAUGUCCGUCCCUGAGGGCAUCCCCACAGAAACGCGGUUGCUGGACCUCAGCAAGAACCGCAUCAAGACCAUCAACAUGGAUGAGUUCGCAACCUACCCCAACCUGGAGGAGCUGGAGCUCAACGAAAACACCAUCUCCGCUAUUGAGCCCGGCGCCUUCAACAACCUGUACGGUCUCCGGACAUUGGGGCUGCGCAGCAACAAGCUCAAACUCAUCCAGCUGGGUGUGUUCACGGGCCUCAGCAACCUCACCCAGUUGGACAUCAGUGAGAACAAGAUAGUCAUCCUGCUGGACUAUAUGUUCCAAGACCUGUACAACCUGCGCUCCAUGGAGGUGGGCGACAAUGACUUGGUAUUCAUCUCCCACCGGGCCUUCCAUGGUCUCAGCAGCCUGGAGCAGCUGACUUUGGAGAAGUGCAACCUGACCUCGGUGCCCACCGAGGCCUUCACCCACCUUCACAGUUUGAUCUUUCUCAGGCUGCGCCACCUCAACAUCUAUGUUAUUAAGGAUUACUCCUUCAAAAGACUGUACCGGCUGAAAGUGCUGGAGAUUGCCAACUGGCCCUACCUGGACACCAUGACCUCCAAUUGCCUCUAUGGACUGAACCUCACCUCGCUGACCAUCACCAAUGGCAACCUGACCUCCAUCCCAUACGUGGCUCUCCGGCACUUGGUCUACCUACGGUUUCUGAAUCUGUCCUAUAACCCCAUCCACACCAUUGAGGGGAAUAAGCUCCAUGACCUUCUGAGGCUCCAGGAGUUUCACCUGGUUGGGGGCAGGCUGGCUAUGAUCGAGCCCUACUCGUUCCGGGGCCUAAACUAUCUGAAGAUCUUCAAUGUGUCUGGCAAUGCCUUGAGCACCUUGGAGGAGUCUGCGUUCCACUCGGUAGGGAACCUGGAGACUCUGGCGCUUUACGAUAACCCCUUGGCAUGUGACUGCCGGCUGCUGUGGGUGUUCCGGAGACGCUGGAGGCUCAACUUCAACCGGCAGCAACCCACCUGCGCUUCACCUGAGUUCGUACAGGGAAAAGAGUUUAAAGAUUUCCCGGACGUCCUGCAGCCCAACUACUUCACGUGUCGCAAGUCCAGGAUCAGGGACCGCAAGGCGCAGCAGAAAUUUGUGGACGAGGGAACUACUGUUCAUUUUGUAUGCCAGGCGGACGGUGAUCCCGCCCCAGUCAUCAUGUGGCUCUCACCCCAGAAGCAGUUCAUCACGACCAAAACCAUCGGACGGCUCACAGUAUUCCCAGAUGGCACCCUUGAGGUGCGCUACGCGCAGAUUCAGGAUAAUGGAACGUAUGUGUGUAUAGCCAGCAACGCCGGUGGCAAUGACACAUCUCUCGCCCACCUGCACGUCCAUAGCUACUCUCCAGACUGGCCUCACCAACCCAACAAGACCUUUGCAUUCAUCUCCAACCAGCCCAAUGAGAAUGGUGGCAAUGGGACGCGAACCAACGUCCCGUUCCCCUUCGACAUCAAGACCUUAAUCAUCGCCACUACUAUGGGUUUCAUAUCUUUCCUUGGUGUCGUCCUGUUUUGUCUGGUGCUACUCUUUCUGUGGAGUAGAGGUAAAGGGGCCACAAAGCACAACAUAGAGAUUGAGUAUGUGCCACGCAAGUCAGACGCUGGGAUGAGCAGCAGCAACGCAGACGCCCCUCGCAAGUUUAACAUGAAAAUGAUUUAACGGGACCUAGGGAGCAAACAGACUCUUAACUUGAAAUUGUAAAAAAAAAAAAAAACGUCAAAUCCUCCCUUACAAAUCUGUGGAUCCUGGGAUGUAAUCAUGAAGUAAUCUGUUUUCCCUGACUUAACUGUUGGAGAUGGAGAGAGAGAAGUUCCUUGCUUUCGUAAUAUGUUGAGUAUAUGAGGGGGAUGAUAGCAAAGCAGACGCUCCACAGCGUUGGCAAUUUCUGCAAGGCCUUUAGGUACGUUUGUUCGAAAGCUAAUUUUGUUGUGUGCGAUUCAUAUUCUUGUGGAUUUAUAUUGGGAAGAAAUUAUAGAAAAAAAGAGAUGAACCCUUCUCUAUGUAUGUAAUAACCUGCCUUCACUGUCCUUUUGCCUGUGUUCUUAGUUUAUAGAUUUUUUACAGAAAUUGAAAUAUUUGUUUACCAAAAUGUUAAGAGUAGAUUGUAUGGGUUGAUGAGCACAUUUAAACAAUCCCUUCUGGUACUUUGUCAGUCAGAAUAUACAGUACCAGUCAAAGGUUUGGACACACCUACUCAUUCAAGGGUCUUUCUUUAUUUUUACUAUUUUCUACGUUGUAGAGUAAUAAUGAAAACAUCAAAACUAUGAAAUAACACAUAUGGAAUCAUGUAGUAACCAAAAAAGUGUUAAACAAAUCAAAAUAUAUUUUAGAUUUUAGAUUCUUCAAAGUAGCCACCAUUUGCCUUAAUGACAGCGUACCACACUAUUUUCAUUCUCUCAACCAGCGUCACCUGGAAUACUUUUCCAACAGUCUUGAAGGAGUUCCACAUAUGCAGAGCACUUGUUGGCUGCUUUUCCUUCACUCUGCUGUUCAACUCAUCCCAAACCAUCUCAAUUGGGUUAUGGUCGGGUGAUUGUGGAGACCAGGUCAUCUUGAUGCAGCAUUCCAUCACUCUCCUUCUUGGUCAAAUAGCCCUUACACAGCCUGGAAGUGUUUUGGGUCAUUGUCCUGUUGAAAAACAAAUGAUAGACCCACAAAGCACAAACCAGACGGGACGGCGUAUCACUGCAGAAUGCUGUGGUAGCCAUGCCGGUUAAGUGUAAAUAAAUCAAUGACAGUGUCACCAGCAAAGCACCCCAAUCCCAUCACAACUCCUCCAUGCUUCACGGUGGGAACCACACAUGCAGAGAUCAUCCGUUCACCUACUCUGCGUCUCACAAAGACAUGGCUGUUGGAACCAAAAAUCUCCAAUUUGGACUCAUCAGAGCAAAGGACAGAUUUGCACCGGUCUAAUGUCCAUUACUCAUGUUUCUUGGCUCAAUCAUGUCUCUUCUUCUUAUUGGUGUUCUUUAGUAGUGGUUUCUUUGCAGCAAUUCGACCAUGAAGGCCUGAUUCUCUCCAUCUCUUCUGAACAGUUGAUGUUGAGAUGUGUCUGUUACUUGAACUCUGUGAAGCAUUUAUUUGGGCUGCAAUUUCUGAGGCUGGUAACUCUAAUGAAGUUGUCCUCUGCAGCAGAGGUAACUCUGGGUCUUCCUUUCUUGUGGCGGUCCUCAUGCGAGCCAAAGUUCUUUAAAUUUUCCAGGUUGACUGACCUUCAUGUCUUAAAGUAAUGAUGGACUGUUGUUUCUCUUUGCUUAUUUGAGCUGUUCUUAUCAUAAUAUGGACUUGGUCUUUUACCUAAUAGGGCUAUCUUCUGUAUACCACCCCUACCUUGUCACAACAGAACUGUUUGGCUCAAACGCAUUAAGAAGGAAAGAAAUUCCACAAAUGUACUUUUAACAAGGCACACCUGUUAAUUGAAAUGCAUUCCAGGUGACUACCUCAUGAAGCUGAUUGAGAGAAUGCCAAGAGUGUGCAAAGGUGUCUUCAAGGCAAAGGAUGGCUACUUUGAAGAAUCUCAAAUAUAAAAUCAUUUUGAUUUGUUUAACACUUUUUCUGGUUACUACAUAGUUUUGAUGUCUUCACUAAUAUUCUACAAUGUAUGUGUGUAUAUAUGUGUUCUGUAUCUCGUCCAUAUCAUUCACUACAGUCGUGGCCGAAAGUUUUGAGAAUUACAGAAAUAUUAAUUUCCACAAAGUUUGCUGCUUCAGUGUCUUUAGAUAUUUUUGUCAGUUUUUACUAUGGAAUACUGAAGUAUAGUUACAAGUAUUUCAUAAGUGUCAAAGCCUUUUAUUGACAAUUGCAUGAAGUUGAUGCAGAGUCAAUAUUUGCAUUGUUGACCCUUCUUUUUCAAGUCCUCUGCAAUCUGCCCUGGCAUACUGUCAAUUAACUUCUGGGCCACAUCCUGACUGAUGACAGCCCAUUCUUGCAUAAUCAAUGCUUGGAGUUUGUCAGAAUUUGUGGGUUUUUGUUUGUCCUCGUCAACACUCACACCUGUGUUAACGAGAGAAUCCCUGACAUGAUGUCAGCUGGUCCUUUUGUGGCAGGGCUGAGAUGCAGUGGAAAUGUUUUUGGGGGAUUCAGUUCAUUUGCAUGGCAAAGAGGGACUUUGCAAUUAAUUGCAAUUCAUCUGAUCACUCUUCAUAACAUUCUGGAGUAUAUGCAAAUUGCCAUCAUACAAGCUGAGGCAGUAGACUUUAUGAAAAUUUAUAUUUGUGUCAUUCUCAAAACUUUUGGCUACGACUGUACACUUUACAUUAAGUUGUUUUUAUACCUGUGGAGCGCAAUGUAAUUCCUCUAGUAAACACAUUGUUUUUAGUGGAGUAACAAUGUUACAUAAUUAUUUAGUAAUUGCAUUGUAAUGGUAUAGUAUUUGAGUUAUUGUUUCUUAGUCUACUCUUUAUUGUGUCAUAACAAACAAUGCACAAUUCCAUUACUAUGCAUUUACAAAGCAAAGACAACUUUUUACAAUUACUAUAACAUGUUACUGAUGUUGUUAGUAGAGUAAUUGAAGCAUUACUACAAAUGUAAAAUAGCAACUUAAUUUAAACUGUUACCAAGGGAGUUUCAAAUACGUAAUUUUGUUGGCAUAGUUUUAUUGUAUAUAAGGUUAGCUGAGUCAUUGCUCUAUAGCGGCUUUUGGUUCGAACAUGAUUCUUCUCAAAACCCCUCUAAAUGUAUGAAUUAAUUUAUCAAGAUUAGAUCUCAUUAUCUCUGUUUUCCUGUGCUAGACACUGUGGCACACAAUGUUUAUUGGCCAUAAACAUUGCAUUAUUUUAUCAUAUUUCAUAAAAUAUAAUGAUAAUAUACAGUGCAUUCACAUCCCUUAACUUUCUCCACAUUUUGUUGUGACAGCCUAAAUAUAAAAUGGUCACUGAUCUACACAUAAUACCACAUAAUGUCAAAUUAUACAAAUGAUUUCAAAUUGAAAAAGGUAUUCAAUCCCUUUUAUGGCAAGCCUAAAUAAGUUCAGGAGUAAACAUUUGCUUAAUAAAUUGCAUGCACUCACUCUGUGUGCAAUAAUAGUGGUUAACAUGAUUUGUUAAUAACUAUCCCAUCUCUGUAACCCACACAUACAAUUGUCUGUAAGGUCCCUUAGUCGAGCAGUGAAUUUCAAGCACAGAUUUAACCACAAAGACCAGGGAAGUUUUCCAAUGCCUGACAAAGGAACGGAACCGAUUGGUAAAUAUAAUGAAGCAGACACUGAAUAUCCGUUUGAGCAUGGUGAAGCUGUUUAUUAGGCUUUGGAUGGGGUAUGAAUACACCCAGGUACUACAAAGAUACAGACUUCCUUCCGAACUGAGUUGCCGGAGAGAAGGAAAACUGCUCAGGGAUUUCACCAUGAGGCCAUGGUGAUUAUAAAACAGUAACAGAGUUUAAUGGCUGUGAUAUGACAAACCUGAGGAUGGCUCAACAACAUUGUGGUUACUUCAAAAUACUAACCUAAAUGACAGAGUGAAAAGAGCGAUGCCUGUACAGAAUAAAACAAUAUUCCAAAACAUGCAUCCUGUUUGCAACAACUGCAAAAUACUGCAAAAAAUGUGGCAUAGGAAUUCCAUUUUUGUCCUGAAUCACUGGAUACCAUUCUCAAUAUUUUCAAUCGUGGGUGUGGCUGCAUCAUAAUAUGGGUAUGCUUGUCGUCAGAAAGGACUUCAAAGUUUUUCCAGGAUAAAAAGAAAAGGAAUGUAGCUAAGUACAGGCAUAAUCCUAGAGGAAAACCUGGUUCUGUCUACUUUCUAACAUACACUUAGAAACUAGUUCACCUUUCAGAAGAACAAUAAACCUAAAACACAAAACCAAAUCUAUACGAGUUGCUUACCAAGACGUCAUUGAAUGUUCCUGAGUGGCGUUUUGAUUUAAAUCUGCCUCAAAAACUAUGGCAAGACUUGACAAAUCUGUCUAGCAAUGAUCAACAACCAACUUGACAGAGCUUGAAGAAUUUUCAAAAGAAUAUGUGCAAAUAUUCCACAAUCCAGGUAUGCAAAGCUCUUAGACUUACUAAUACAUCUUGAUUAGAUACGUAUUGGGUGUUUUAAUUUUCAUUAGUAAAUUGUAUUUAUUUUUUGUGUAGAUUGAUGGGGGGGAAAAAUGUAAAAGCCAAUUAAAUCCAUUUAAACCCUACUUUGUAACACAACAAAAUGUCGAAAAAGUCUAGGGGCGUAAAUACUUUCUGAAGGCACAGUAAUUUUAUUAUAUUAUCUAUUUAUUUUUGUUUUUCUCUGGGGAGCUAAAAUCAGCCUAAUCGAAAAUGUGGUGUUUUUAAACAUAGUCUAUACGCAAACAAUGAACAAUGACACAAAUAACAGAAAUGACACAUUAUACACACACACACACACACACUUCUCUCUGUUCAGAAGAUAAUCCAGCAAAAAAAUGUUUGGAUGCUACUUUUGAUUACACUCUAUAUGACAACAACUGAUGGUAUAUUCCAUUGCAUAUUAUUGCAUGAAUACCUUGGUAUCUGUUUAUCUGCUGCCUUUUGAAUUAUGUUACAGUGCACUCUAAAGAGUCUUACAUAAUGGGCUUAUGUUGUGCUUAACAUUUUUAUGGAGAAUAAAAGUUGGGAUGCUCUACUUUGUUACUAAUGUGCUCAGCAACCUGUAAAACACUUAAUCCCAUGUUAGGGAGCUUUGGUUGUCAGAAAUAUUAUUGUUUGAAUUUCUCGACCCUCCGCAACCACACCCCCAUACAAAAAUUCCUUUGCAGGUUUAUUUUACGAUAUGAUAUCCCAAAAAAGGGUGUAAAGAAUUUUUAAAAAGUAACUUCCUGCUGAUCCUCCUGGAUAUACAGUAUGUGUAAUGAAUGCCCUUAUCUUUUCAACUACACACUGUGGACAGCUGGGCUUUGCGGAUAUGUGCAGGAUAAAGGCUAUGUUAUUGAUGAUGGAUGACAUUCCAGACAACGAUACACAGUAACGGGUUGGAAGUAUGGACUGAAUAUGCAGAUGGUGCAUCGACACAGAUGGUUUCACCCAUGGAGUGGUCUGAAGCAAGCAGCUUUGGAGUAAUCCUUUUUGCUGAAAACCAUGGUUCCCUCCCUGGCUGAUUAUGAAUGCUCGCUUUGUUCAAAGUGUGGCAACUGUACUUAGUCUUUUGGUCCCGGUUGAGUCAGAGAUUCAUGGGAACCUCAUUUCUUUCUCUUGUUCCUUUUUUUAUUUUGACCCAGGACUAUGUUGAACAUGUAGUCCCAGCCAACUUUAUAUGAAAAUAUAUUUUAAAAUCCAUGAAAAAAAAAAUCCAUUAAAAUUGUUCUGUGCAAUAAAGGUAAUAUGCAGAUUUUUUUUUUAUGUAAGUUUUUUUCUUGAUGUUAAAUUGUUGAAAAUAUGGUAUGUUGUAUUAAACAAUCUAUGGAGUUUUUUAAACAGA